UGCCUAGCAAUUCGCCGAGUUUUCAAGAAACAGCACGCGUGCCUAGGAAAUGCUAGCCGCCUACUUUUGAGUCAUGAAAAAGCUCAUCAUGUGAGCUAAUGAAGCACUUAGAAAAGGUGCUUAACCACUUAUAUAGCAACUAACUAAGGUUGUGGAGGAUGCUUCAGAAGCCUCAUUCUGUGGUUCCUUGCUCCAUGACUGUGUACUGUGCUAUAAAAUACAGUAGCAUACAAGUCAGGUCCUCUACAUGAGUGAGCUCUCGUGGGUGCAGAAGAAGAGUGGGAACACUUGGAGAAAUGCUUCAGAGGAGGCAAAUGGAGAGACUGCCUGCACUGCACCUGGCAGUGGUGUCUCUGCUCGGAUUCUGCUGCCUCAUCCAUGCUUCAAGGGCUGCGAUCUCAUUCCCACCUGCGGCCCCGAGGGUGCAGCUGCAGGAGACCGACGCUAUCCUAGCUUCCAGUGGAGCAGAUGGUCAGGCGGUCGUAGUGGGGGAACCCGACCGCGGCGGUGUCAGCAGGAGGAUGGAGAUGCAGAUGGAGGUGGAGGACUACCCGGGCUCCGGGGCCAACGACCACCACUCGCCGUGGCGGCGGCAAGAGAGGAGGAACUGAGAACAUGGAGCAAAGCUGCAUGUGCGUUCCUAGUGUUGCACGGUUGUGUAUGUACGUUUCUCAAACUGUAAUAUCUCUACUCUUGGUUUAACAAACCAAGAACGAAGCUUGUUACUUCCAAGGGCAUUAAGAUCAUGUAUA